AUCAGGAGCAUGCGGAGAGUGAGCCGGCCCUCCUGUGAGGAUGGUCCGCUGCUGGAGGAGCAGGAGACGGAGGGCCAGCGGCAGCUGCACAGCCUGCUGCUGCAGCAGCUGCACACCGACGUCCAGAUCGAGCGAUGUGUCGCCAAGAAGCAGUGCUUCGCCCCGGCGGCGCUCUACAGGCCGUUCGGAGAGCAGGCGGCGGGAGUCAGGAGCCUCUUGCAGUUCCAGGCUCUGCAGGACGGCGAGAAGGAGCUGGUCCGGCUGAGGGAGCUGGGCCUCACCGAGCCGGAGAUCCAGCUGUGGCUGAGCCGAGACGAGCCGGACGACGCACGCAAGAGUCACGGCGUCCGCGCAGCUCCCGGCGCCAGGGAGCAGCGUCUGCAGGUGAUCAGGGACAAGAUGGACGCCAGGGCGGAGCUCCUGGCCCGGCCGCAGCGCUUCGCCGCCAGCCGCCCGCUGUCCCGCCGCGAGAUGGAGAUCGAGCAGGCGCUGUUCCAGGGCAGCGACCGCCGCGGCUUCCUCACGGCGCUCUACCAUCGAGAUGAAGAAAGCCCUGAGAGCCAGCAGGGGGCGCCACCCUCUGACCCCAUGGGCCACAUCUACAGAGACGUCCUCAGCAGGGAGCAGCCGGGACGACCAGCAGCAGCAGGGAGCCUGCCAGAGGACGCCGCAUCCGACCAAUCACAGGGCUCAGAGAGGGACGGCAGCCAAUCAGAGGACGCGACGGACACGCCCCGGCCGGAGCGGGGCGGAGCUCCAACAGACGCCAGCCAGCCGAUGGGCGGAGCACCGAUAGACGCCAGCCGGCCGAUCGGCGGAGCCCCGAUAGACGCCAGCCGGCCGAUCGGCAGCCUGCGCCCGGUGGGAGCGGCGGCGAGGGCGGGGCCUGGCGGGCCGCUCACGGUCCGGGGUCGCGUCGAGACUCUCACAGACGAGGAAAUCCUGCAGAACCGGGCGACGGAGGACGAGAUCCGGAACGUCCCGCGCUUCAGGAACUACCAGCCAGGAGAACCCUCCAAGGUGCUCUGUGUGAAGAACCUGAGUGCGCAGGCGUCCGUGGCCCAGCUGGUGGCGCUGUUCUCCCGGUUCCAGCAGCAGGGCGGCGCCCCGGUGCUGUACCGCCUGCUGACCGGCAGGAUGAAGGGUCAGGCCUUCGUCACGCUGCCAGACGCCCAGACGGCCCACGAUGCUUUGCGGCUGGUCCACGGGUACCGGUUGCUGGGGAAGCCGCUGGUGGUGGAGUUUGGCCGCGAACGGCAUGAAGUGGAGAAACGGAAGGAGACGGAGGUCCAGGAGGAGACGCAGUGAGCGGGAGCCCUGCUCCCGCACAGCCAGGAGAGCCUGGUUCGAUUCCACUGUGCUGUAUGAGCAGUUUUCCUGCCACUGUAGUCACCACGGUGUGUGUGUGUGUGUGUGUGUGUGUGUGUGUGUGUGUGUAUGUACUCCUUGUAAAUAAUGAAAUCUGCAUAUAAAGUUAUUUUUAUAAAAUAAACCGUCAUUUG